AUGCGAACUUGCGCCCUUAUCGGGGGCAACGGGUCGGUGGACUGGUUCUGCUGCCCGGACUUCGAUUCGCCCAGCGUGUUCGGCGCGAUCCUGGACGACAAGAAGGGUGGGUACUUCAAGAUCGCCCCCCUUCUCGACGCCCCGCCGGUGCAGCGCCAGGUCUACUGGCCUGACACCAACGUGCUCAUCACCCGGUUCCUGGCCGAAAACGGCGUCGCCGAGGUCAUUGACUUCAUGCCGGUGGCGUCGCCUUUGCGCCCCCAUCACCAUACGGAAUUGAUCCGCCGCGUCAAUUGCGUUCGCGGCGUGGUCCCGUUCUUCAUGGAAUGCUAUCCCGCGUUCAAUUACGCCCGGGACAAGCACCGGGUGGAGAUAAACGAGAACGGGGCCGCGUUCAUUUCAGACAACUUGGGCCUGCAGUUGUCCACCGAUAUCCUGCUGGAGCAACACGAGGGCGGCGUCCUCGGCGCGUUCGUGCUCAAUGAAGGGCAGUCCUCUACGUUCUCGAUUGGCGUGAUGGGCGACGACACCGUCGACUACCAUCCUCCCUCCGAACGGGAAAGCUCCGCCCUCUUCGAGGAAACCGUCUCCUACUGGCGGAACUGGCUUUCCCAGUGCACCUACAAGGGUCGGUGGAGAGAGAAGGUCGAGCGUUCCGCCCUCGUCCUCAAACUCCUCACUUACGAACCCACUGGCGCCAUCAUCGCCGCGCCAACCUGCAGCCUCCCCGAAGAGCUGGGAGGCGUGCGCAAUUGGGACUACCGCUACACCUGGAUUCGCGACGCCGCCUUCACCCUGUACGCGCUGCUCCGCAUCGGCUUCACCAACGAGGCCAGUCAGUUCAUGCACUGGCUGGAGGCCCAGAUCGAUCCCUUCGAUGGCGAUUGGAGCAAUAUCCAGAUCCUCUACGGCAUCGACGGACGCCGCAGUCUCGACGAGGUGACCCUUGACCACCUGGACGGCUAUCGCGGCUCGAAGCCCGUUCGCAUCGGUAACGGCGCCUACGACCAGCUCCAGCUGGAUAUCUACGGCGAGCUGAUGGACUCCGUUUACCUAUUCAACCGGUACGUGAGCCCAUAUCCUUCGACUUCUGGACCAAACUCCGCCAGAUGA